CGACGGCAGCAGCAGCAAUAGCAGCGAUGACGACGAAGCCUCUCGCGGGGGUGACAGAAGAAGCAGAGGGCCAUGCACCGAAGCUCGCAGCGGCAACAGAAGCACCGAGCACGGUUCCCGACACAAAGAACGCGGGCAAGACAAGCACGAGCCGCGAAGAUCGAGGGCCAACUCCACCGACGAAUGGCACUCUCGGACAGGAACCCGCCGCUCCAGAUCCCCUGCUGGUGGCCGACGAAAGGGGCCAGGAGGAGACGGCCGUCGUUACCGCCGCCGCCAGACAGACCACGACGACACUAGCGAAGACGAAGAUGAGCGAAGUGAUCUCGGAAGAACACGCGGCGGGCGGGAUCGAGGCACUGGCGCGGACAGGGACGGUCGCGAGUCCAACAAGCACAGCGGUAGCGGCGACGGAGGGAACGGCCGCCGGAGAGAUGGUUCCAGGGAUCGCCGCGAGAGUCAAAGGUCGGGCAACGGUCGGCGAGAUGCUGGAGCCAUGGACGAGGAAAACUACCGUGCCCGUGGUCACAGGGCCAGUGUCUCCUCUGACGGCGGGCGCGGCGAUCGCAGAGAACGGUCCCGUGAUCGGCCUCGAAGCGGUCACGGCGAUGAUGGCAGGCAAGGCCUGACGAAUUCCGCCGCCGAUAGG